CCUGUCCACUCACUCCUUUCCUCCUAACCGCACCACCACCCCCUCCCCCCCCGCCCCGCCCCGCUGUCUUUAGUGUAUACCGCCUGCUCCUGGCUGCUUUCUGAAGGGGCACAGCACUCAAAACGUUAACUCUGUUUCUCCCUCUGCAGAUGUUGCUGAGCUUCUCCAGCAACUUCUGGUUUUAGCAGGAGGACGCAAUAACUCUGGUACGUUAAGUCACAAGUUAUUUCACAUUCCUUUAGAUGUUAAGAGCGAGUCAGGGGAGAAGCAACACGUGGAGCAGACUGCCGUCACUGUGAUCACUGACGCCUGUCCCAAGCAAAGCAUCUUCCUGAGCUGCAGUGGCGAUGAAGUGAUAAAGAUUUGGGAUCCGUACGGUUUUCUGUUGACUGAGUUGGUUCUCGAUCCCACACUCAGCUCUGUGUGCUUCCUCAAUAACUUUGGAGAUAUUCUGAUAGGCUUCAAGGAGCAGCUCUUCCUGAUACCUCACAACAAGUUAAUGGUCAGCAUCCGAGAUGAUGUUUCUGACAAUUCAGCCAAAGAAUCUGCUAUUUAUGAGGAUCCAGCGGUGAAAUAUGAACUCAAGGACACUGUACAACACCAAGCGGAAUCAAUCCUUGAUCUCGAUUCUUAUCUGGUUCCCUUUAAGCACUUGGAUUUUUCGAAAAGUGAAGUUAUGUCGCUGGCCUCCGAGUCGGAGUGUGAUCUGGACCUGGAGGAGACGGAAUCUGUGUUGAAUGGAUAUACCCCAGCUCCCACUGCAAUCUACGAUUCCCCAGCCAGCUCUGUUCUGUCGUUGGAGAUCUGUCACCUCACACCAGGUGACACGGACUGGGAGGAAGACCAUCGUGCAAAGCUGCAUUCGUGUGAGGAGCUGUUACGCUGCGUGAGCUCCGAGCCCUCGAUGCCAGCCCUUGGGGACUCUCCUGUUUUCUUCCAUGUUGAAGUGUCACAGAAAGAGAAUUCCGUCAUUCAAAUUCCGGAGGUGGUGACGCUGGAGGAGGAGAUGGUGAACAGCCUGGACAAUCAGAGCAUAGCCACCUCCGUGGAUGACGUGAGGAAGAGGUUGCACUCCAGCCGUGGGGCUGUUGUGGUUCAGCACCUACGAGCUACCGCUCAGACAGCUCUGUCUGCAGCAGCUAGCAUCGAGAUAUCGAGAAGAGGUUUGUUGCCUAAUCGAUUUAAGUCGCAAAAGGAAAAGAAGUCGAGAAAAAAGGACCAGCCGGUCAUCCUGGACAUCUACAUGAACAAGGAAACUCUCCACAGGAGGCAUCGAAGGAAGGAAAGGUCCAGCUCUUCUUCCAGGAUCAAACUGCCCCCUUUCUCGAAGAAAUCCAGGAAAAUCGCAUCAGAGGCAGGGAUGCGCGUUUCAAGCCUGCAUCUGGAAGCUGAACAUCAUUUGCACCCAGCAGGACGACACAGAUCAUCCAUAUCGGACUGGAUUGACCAGGAGUUACAGAGGAGGGAAGCUCAGAAAGCAGCGAGGAUGAAACGGGAGGCGAUGAAUGAAGAGCGACACCGACUCCAGGAGCUGCAGAGAAUCGAGAGACAGCACAGUCUCCCCCGACACGAGAGCUGCAAACAACCGCUGACUGUGCUCCAAGUGACCGAAGCUCAGAGCCGGCUACCAUCCCACCACAUUGUUCAGAGUAGCCCCCCUCUGCGCCCACCUAGUCGCCCAGCGGGACGGCCAAUUUACCCCAAACUGCUCAUGUUCCCGCCUCCAGCCCAGACCACCACGCCAUUGGCCGGAGCGAUGACCAUCAGACCAGCAACAACCAUGGCCAGUACCCCCCGGCCCACCCUGCCCGAUGACCCACGGCAACGCAUGUUCAUCAUUGUGAGGGAGACCUACGCUCCGCCAAAGAUCCCUGUGCCAACACCCCUGGAGGAGCGCCUCCUAAAGGAACGAUUCCCUAACUACAAGAUCCCUUUCAUGAAGCACAAUCCCAGGCUAGUCGAGAGGAAAAUCUACACCCCAUUCCUGGAUUCCAUCUGUAUCCCAGACAAAUGAUGAACUGACCCAAAGAAGCCUGCGAGUAUUUGGAAGCUGGAGAGUGAAAUGUCGCGUCUAUUAAACAGAAGAAAUAAAGAAGAGUUUUAUUGUGUCCUUGCAGCAG